CUUUGAGGCGGGAGGAGGGGAGAGCGCGAGCGCUGAGAGGAAAAGAGGGCGGGGCUGCGCCGAAGAGGCGGCUGGUCCGGCUUCGCGGGCGGCUCGGCGUUGCUCUCUGAGGGGGGUCUCCACAGGAAUUUCCCUCGACUUGAGUGAGUCCCGGCCCUCUGAGGGAAAGCAGGGCCGGGGAGGGCUUCCCCCCGCACUCCUUCCUACCGCGCCGGUCGAGGGGGGUUCACUCUGCCUCCCAGGAAAGGGGAGCUGUGAGUAGGAGGCAGAGGCGGGAGGGUUGCCUUGCUGUCGACGUCCUGCGCGUUGUAAUGUCCAAAUUCAGAAAUGCCUUAUGUAGAUCGUCAAAAUCGUAUUUGUGGUUUUCUAGACAUUGAAGAAAAUGAAAACAGUGGAAAGUUUCUGCGUAGAUAUUUUAUAUUGGACACAAAAGAAGAUAGUUUGGUAUGGUACAUGGAUAAUCCACAGAACUUGCCUUCUGGAUCACCACCAGUUGGAUCCAUUAAACUUACUUAUAUUUCAAAGGUUAGCGAUGCAACUAAGCUGAGGCCAAAGGCAGAAUUCUGUUUUGUCAUGAAUGCAGGGAUGAGAAAAUAUUUUCUACAAGCCAAUGAUCAGCAAGACUUAGUUGAAUGGGUAAAUGUCCUGAACAAAGCUACCAAAAUCACAGUACCAAAGCAGCCUGAUUCACUGUCUCAUGCUGAUAACCCACACCACACUGAAAAUCUGGGAUUGAAGAAGCAAAUGUCUUACCGAACAGAUAUUGUUGGCGGUGUUCCUAUAAUAACCCCUACUCAGAAAGAAGAGGUAAAUGAAUGUGCUGAAGGUGAUAAAAAUUACUUGAAACGGUCCCAAAGCCACCUUCCUUAUUUUUCUACCAAGCAUCCCUCGGAUAAUGCUGUGAUCAAAGCUGGCUACUGUGUUAAACAAGGAGCAGUGAUGAAGAACUGGAAAAGAAGGUACUUCCAGCUGGAUGAAAACACAAUAGGCUAUUUUAAAUCUGAACUGGAUAAGGAGCCUCUUCGGAUUAUACCACUGAAAGAGGUACAUAAAGUCCAGGAAUGUAAACAAAGUGAUACCGUGAUGAGAGACAAUCUUUUUGAAAUUGUAACAACUUCUCGAACAUUUUAUGUACAGGCAGACAGCCCAGAGGAUAUGCACAGCUGGAUUAAAGCAAUAUCUGGUGCAAUAGUAGCACAGCGGGGACCUGGAAGAUCAGCAGCUUCUGAGCAUUCCACCUGUUCUUCAGAAUCCAGUUGUCCUGCAGAAACAGCAGCAGCAACCUCACAUUCCACAACCACUCACAACCCCACUUUGGUCCAAAACCUUAACAGCAGACCCCUUGUCUUGGAGAAGCGAAGAUUUCACGAAUCUUUUACCAAGGCCAAGCCAGGGAACGUCAAGAUCCAGGCUGUCCCUUCAAGAGACCCAACUUCCAAAGUGACUUUACAGGGCCUGUUGGAAUCCCAAAAUAAAAAUGGCACUCAGGAACAAGAUUCUGGCCCAGUGGAUCUGGAUGAUGCAAGCCUUCCAGUCAGUGAUGUGUAAUAAUAGAAGAGUUUGGAGUAUGAUGAAUUAGUUUUUGGUCCUUGAAUUUCCUUGCUCAGACUUUUAGCCAAAGAUGACUGUGGGAUGAAAGCAUAAAGAAUGAAAUGUUCAUUGCAUAGAUCUGUAUGUGUGUGCAUACAUUCAAAUAUGUGUAUGUUAAGAUAGUCAUAUGCUGCCUUUUACUAUCAGAGAGUGGGCCUUUCUGCUUUUCCACAAUCUGAAGAUAAAUCUGUAAUUGGAAGGGGCCAAAAUACAAUUUAAAAUUUACUGUUGUCAAUAAGCAAUGAUCUAGCUGCUUUUCAUCAGUUUGGGAGAAAUUAGUAGCAUCUUAGUGCUACGAUGAAAGAAAUAUUAGCGUAUGACUUAAUGAUACUGUAAAUCAGGUGACAUGACAUACAAGUUAGACAUUUUCUCAAAACACUGGCACAGCCCUUCAGACAUCUGAAUAUAUGAAUAAAGGAUCUAUUAUUACAGGAUCCAAGAUCACAAAACCUUACAAUAUCUAAUAAAUGAUGCACUUUUCCUGUGUGAAGAGAAUUCUCAUGCAAAAAGAAACAAAAAAAAAAUUAGUCUUACUGUGUUCUCUGAAAUGUGUGUUUCCCCCUUAGCCAAUACGCAGAUUUACAAGCCAUUUGCAUGAUCUGUGUAAAACAUGGCAUGAAAACCAGUUGUAGUGCAUUUUAGACAUUACAGAUACACCUGUUAAUUAACAUGAAGUAUCGCUGUGCAUAAGAAGUGCAUUCUUAAAUGGAAGGGCCACAGAUUACUUACACUGACAUAAUGUGUGGACUUAAUUGGAACUUCUUUGUAACUUUUCUGUAAUCAGUGCCCUUCUAUAGAAUCCAACUCCCUUAGAAUUCCAUAUAUUUGGUGCUGUGAAACCUACAUAAGAGUAAUACUGCUAUUUUGAAUAUUAAGCCUAUUUUUAUGCACUCCUAAAGUUAAACUGUAACUUUUGCACAUUUGGAUAUUAAUGGACCACCAUAAAUAAGUAAGGGUGUUAGGUAAAUUUUUAAAAUUAGGGAGAAGGGAAACUGGACUACUAAAUCUUUUAAAGAUUCAUCAAAAAUAUUUUAUAUUAGGCUUUAAAGAAACUAAAUGUUUAAUCUAUUGUCUAAGGACUAUUAUUUUUUUCCUUCUGUGUGAUUCUUUUUUGUAAAUGGUUCCCAUUUUAUAUUGGAGUCAGGAAAAGACUGAACAAAUUUUCUUUUAUUGUUUUGACUGGUACUGAAAUGUUCACUCAUGCAACUGUGGCCUGUAACUUUUGGUGCACUAAAUUUAUUAAAGUGCCUGUGGGUUCUUCCUUUUUGAUGUAUUAAAUCCGUGAGGGCUAGAUGGAUACUGAAUUUUGCUUUUGUGAUUAUUGAACCUUGAGGUGAAAUUGCAUUGUAUAGUAUAGUUCAGCACAUGUAUAAGAUAAUAUGCUAAGGUUGCCAGCCUACUGGUAUGAGCUGUGCACUGUGGUUUUUUUUUUUACUGGAUUUUUGUUGAGGAGUUUCAGUGAUUAAAAAUAUAAAAGGUUUAAGAAUCUGAUAUUGAGUAUUUGAUCAGAAUGAGCAUGCACUAUUUUGUAGUUGGAAUAUGGAAGUGUUUGCUUUAAUCAAUAGAAUUCCCAAAGUUUCACGUGAUGCUGCUUUAUGCAGUUCAGCUUUUCCACUUUGCAGUACUCUGGUCAUUUAAAAUCUUAUGUUUAUAAUGUUUGACAAACCUGACAAAAACUGAAAGGAAAAAUGCAGAUAUAAUUGAGUGAAAAUAUUCACUACUUCAAUGAAACAGACAAUUAAGUUACGUUUGACAGAGUUAUGUUAUGUUCGGCCUUUUCAGUUGAAAUUCAGUGGAAUACUCUCAAUAUAGAGUUUAAAAUACUGGAGCCAUCCCAGCUCUAGAACCUCACUUAAAGCCUCAAUGUGGCUGAAGGUGCAAUAUAAUUUCAUGGGCAUUGGGGAUAAUGGCAUUGGGCACUUCCAAUGUUUAAUUACUAAUUAGACUCUGCAGUCUCACUAAAAUAGCAUUAGUUUCAAAAUAGGUAAAAAUAAUGUAGUCACUGCCCACCCAGUGUUUUAAACUCUUGCUCAUUAUAAAAUUUCCUAGUGCCAGCACUAUGGGGAAGGUAAUUUAUCCUUAUUUCCUAUGUCAUUUAAGAGCUUCAGGGAAAUUUUCUUUCAAUAUUGUAUUUAAUAAUUGGCAGUUAUCUAUUUUGAGUGCCAUAAGUAUGAAAUGAGGAAGAAUAGGGUAGCAAUUGCAGUCCAGCUACAUCUAUUUGCAUGAAAGUCCUGCUUGCAACUCGCCCAAAAUCUCACAGUAAUGAGUUGCAUUUGUUUGCAUUUUAAGACUUGAAACUUUUGCAACUCCCUCAUUUGAUCUAAUUCUGAUGCCCCUUAUAGCUUAAUCAAGGGUGGGAAAUGUUUGGUGGGUUGAAACUGUCAAUAUCACUAAGCCAGCACAGCAACAGUGCGUGGUUCUAAGCACAGAAGUGCAGUGACAUCUUGGAGCACCGUACAUUCCUCAUCCCAGUGGUAAGUGGUUUCUAGCUUAUAUAUAUAAGUCCCACACAUUAUAUGUCCUAAACAUUAUUUCUCCAUAGAAUACCUUAAUCUAAAACUAUAUCUACACAGCAGUUCUGCCUAUGAUCAUUUAUGGACUUCUACUCAAGGGAUCCUGUUCUGCUCCUAAACAUGUAAAGUCUUCUGUUCUCCAUUUUGGGUUUUGCUUACAAAAUUAUGAACUGAGAGGUACAAGUGUUUUACCUCAUUGAUUCAGACUGAAUCUUGCUUUUUCCUGAUGACAUUGUAUCUCUUUAUUCUUUUUAUUUUGUUCAUUAUAUUGUGUAAAUUUCUAGUUUUGCACUCCUAUUUGUCUCCCAGCAAGUUAAAAGAUGGCUCUUAUGAUCAGGCUCUUCUCUUUUAGAAAUCAGUUUCUUUAGAAUUCUUUCCGGACUAUGCCUCCUCCACUUUUCACCUUCUUUAUUGAAUUUACUGGAAUGGAAAUGGAGGCAAAUGUUUCAGAUCCAACUGUUAAUAAAAUCAAAAUGUCUGCUAGCCAUGUUGCAGGGAUAACACCAGUACUGUACAUGUACGUAUUAUGAUAAUUAUUUUGGUCUGCCAAGAUUAAAAAUUGAAAUAAAAUAAUGCUAAUAUGGGUUAAGCCAAAAGAUAAAGCAGUAGCAGUGCCAAACUGCAGUGCUCUUUUUUCACAUGGAUCCAGUAUAACAGCACAUUUACAUUUUUUUAACCAUAAGCUAUAAAUCAUAAACAUUUACAAACAGAGUUUGUAAAUUGCAUUUAUUUGCCUUCUCGGUUACCUGUGAACUAAUAAGUUGAAUGUUAUAACAAGUCUAAUUUAGUAGCAUACAUUUUAACUUGUAACAAACAUAGCCAAUACAUAUACAGAACCUUAUUUUUAAUAAAUGUGUACUUUGUGGGAGAAACUGAACUAAAAUGUUUGUAUUGAUGUACUUUGAUGUAGUGUUACCUUUUUUCUGGUUCUUAUACAAUUUCUACACUGCAUGUUCAUUUUAUUCUGCUUUGAUAUUGAUGGUUUUCAAUAGUGAAUCGAAACAAAGCAGUAUCCUUAUGGAAUCUUUUAGAAUCUUACAUAGUUCAGUAGUGCAGGAAAAUAUUUGUGGUUGCUAAAUUGUCAGGGUCUCUUAUUUAUCAGUACUUUUUAAAUAUGAAAUUAAUGACAAUUGUUAAAUUAUUUUAGAACCUGUGGUGUUUUCUGUAAAUGUCACACUUGUUAAUAAAUUGACUUAAUGAAACAUAACAAUCCUAUUAGAUUACUACAUUUAGUGCACUUCAAAAGAUACAAAAGUGAAUGAAACUAUUUUGUAUACCACCUUUUGUUCAUCCCUCUUAAAUUCACAGGAAAGUUAAUGAAGUUUUAAAAAAAUAAACAAGCAGUCUUGCGAAACA